GACAAUAACAUGGGCCUUGUAAAGCAGUGUAUCACAUCCAUGUUUAAGAAAAAUAUCCAAAGACUCACAAAGACAUUUUUAACGUUAUCACUAACUGACAUGGCAAAUAGAGUUCAACUUUCUGGACCUAAGGAGGCUGAGAAAUACGUCUUACACAUGAUUGAAGAUGGUGAAAUCUAUGCUACAAUUAAUCAAAAAGAUGGCAUGGUUCGCUUCCAUGACAACCCAGAACAGUAUAAGAGUGCUGCUGUGUUGUCACAGAUAGACAAAGAGAUGCAGAAAUGUAUGCAGUUGGAUGAGAAAUUAAAGGAGAUGGAUAGGGAAAUAGAAGUGAACCCACAAUAUGUACAAAAGAGUUCAGGAAUGCAUGAAGAUGAACUACCAGGAAGUUCAACCAAAGGUCAAGGUUAUUGAUGGGUUGUAACCAAAGGUCAAGGUUAUUGAUGAGGUGUAACCAAAGGUCCAGGUUAUUGAUGGGGUGUAACCAAAGGUCAAGGUUAUUGAUGAGGUGUAACCAAAGGUCAAGGUUAUUGAUAGGGUGUAACCAAAGGUCAAGGUUAUUGAUUGGGUGAAUGCUGACUAUAUGAUGUUGAUGUGUACAUUCACUACACAUAUUGUUAUCAAAGUGCUAUAAACAAUAUAUUUAUUGUACAGGAGGAUGAUAAAAAAAAGAAAAACAUUUUGAUCCAUGCAAAUUAAAAUUCUUAUUCUGAAUAAUGGUUGAGCUUUGAAUCAGUUGUAAUUAGUCUACAAAUCAGUAGAUGUGAUCGGGAGUCAUCGUUGAUCUGUGAUCGGGAGUCAUCGUUGAUCUGUGAUCGGGAUUCAUCAUUGAUCUGUGAUCGGGAGUCAUCGUUGAUCUGUGAUCAGGAGUCAUCGCUGAUCUGUAAUCGGGAGUCAUCGGUGAUGGAGAGUCAUCCUUGAUCGGUGAUGAGUCGUACCAGAAGAUAAAUCACUGCACUGAUCUGUGAACUAGAGAAGUGGUCAUUGGGGAAUUCUUCUGUUGACAACAACUGAUGAGAUUUAAUUUCUGUUCCCCAAGAUUACAUGAUGGACCGAUACAAUGUAUGACGAUACAUUGUUGUGGAACUAAGUGAUCGUUUUUAGCUCACCUGGCCCUAAGGGCCAAGUGAGCUUAUGCCGUGGUGCGGCGUCCGGCGUCAAUAUUUCUUCU